UUGACCUUUGAAAUUGUAGAAAUUGAACUCUUAAUGUUCAUAGUGAGACGAGUUGAUUUUUCAAUUUUCAAAUUGACCCACCAGACCAAAAUUAUAUUUUUUAUAAAUACUCCUCAACUAAUUCUUAAUCAAAAAAUCGUCUUUCGAUAGCAUUUUUUGCCAUAGGAACCGUACUUUUAAAAAAACACUCCAUACAUUCUGAAUUGGUUUAAAUUCGGUUUGUUUUCGGCUUUCCAAUUGAACCGAUGCCAUCCAAUUUCACUGGAAUUAAGAUAUGUAAAUCGAGAGAAAAUACCUCCAGACCCCAUGACCAAAAUUUUAGAUGCCAAAUGUCAUUUUAUGAUUUUUGGUGAAUUUUUGAAAAUUCUGAAAGCUUAAAAAAACUGCAAUUACGGCUGAUUUGUAACUUUUUCAAAGUCAAGAUAUCUUCUUUCCAUGAAGUCCAUUUUUUUCCUCCCCCGAGUGAUUAAAACUGAUUUUGAAUCGAGCUAGAGCUUCCUGCAGAAGUUGUCUGGUCUCUAGCAAAAUAAAAUGUAGGUCUAAUCAACUUCCGCACAAAAAAUGAAAAAUUUCGAAACCAAGCAGACAUGUUUCCGCAACAAAUUUUAGGAUUACAUUAUAUCUUACUUGAAUUAAAUGUACGUAAAAUUUCUGCGUAUUUGGAUAUAAUUACAAACACCCGAAAAAAAAAAAGUUGAACACCCAAGACCAUUCAAUUUUACCACACGAAGUGCGAUAAAAAAUUAGUAUUUUCAUUCAUCCGUAAUAUUUAUGUGUACUCGUAUUAUCUAUAACGAUUAUUUUUUUACUCGUAUGUAACAGAAGAAGGCAUGUUACUUAAGGCAUAUUUCCGGCUUCACUCCGAAAACCAGUUUUUUCAUUCAAUAUGAUUCUACGCGCUAAUUAAUGUUUUGAAAAAUGCGAAGACGUAAAAGUUCAUUAAUAAUAAGUCAUUUUUGUACUUGACAUUGGUAAGAACGAAACUAAACUAGUUAUCUAACGUGCUUUUAAUUGAAGAUGAAAUUUUGUUAUCAGUUUCAUUAUACAUACUGUGCGCUAAAAGUUGAAAAAUGUAUCAUUUUUUCAAAUUGAGUGCAUCAGUAAGUAUCUAAGUGAAGUGCGAAUAUACAAUGUACAUGUACAUCGAAGUUUAAUCGGUUUCGUAAGGAUCAAGACUUAGAUACCUGUGAGAAUCUUCGAACAAUUGUCACGUGAAAAAUGAUUUUUCGAGAAACAACCCAAAACGUAGACGUGGCACGUGGCAAAACACCACCAUCAUCAUCACUAGCCACCGAAUCAACCAACGUAUCAUCAUCGUUAUGGCUUUCGAAAAGAUUUCUCGUCGUCAUCGUGAUGUUCAUCUGCUAUGUAAAUACAGCCUUUAUAAGAUUCAAUAUCAGUAUAGCUUUAGUCGAGAUGACCUCCGAGAAGCAUAUCAAAAUAGGAAACACAACUGAAAUUCAACCCCCAGAAUUCGACUGGGAUUCCAAAACAGAAGGAUUAAUUCUGAGUAUAUUUUAUUACGGAGGAUUGAUAACUUUCUUGUUUGGGGGCACCGUGAGCAAACUUGGAGGCGCAAGAAGUUGUGCACUGUCCAUGAUGUUGAGCGGAUUAUUAACAAUGCUUCAACCGAUCAGUUUACAAUAUGGUUUCUAUGCGUUUUUAGGAUGUCGUUUACUUACAGGAUUACCCGAAAGUUUGGUGAUAGUGAGUAUAUUGGAGGUUUGUUCAAAAUGGAUACCGGAAAAUGAGAAAUCAAAACUCAUGUCUUACGUAGUCAAUGGACUCAACGUAGGUGCAGCAAUUGUGCACGGUUUUUGCGCAUUUUUGGCCGACGGAUGGGGCUGGUCGAUGAUAUUCUACGGAACUGGAGCUGUAUCUGUGAUCUUGUCGAUAAUUUGUUUCAUUGCGGUAAAGAAUCGACCAUCUGAAGACAAAUGGAUUACCGAAAAAGAGCUCGCAUACAUUCAACAAGGAAUCAAAGCUACCUCAAAGGGAAAAGUGGUCCAUCCAUACAGACGUAUUCUAUCAUCGCUUCCAGUUUGGGCAGUUCUUACGACCAGGUUCACUGUGAUGUGGAUUGUCACCAUUCUGAUCACGAAUCUUCCACUAUACGUUAAAGAUUUAACGCAUGAGCAUAUUACUCGAGUGGGAAUGAUUUCCUCACUUCCAACAGCUAUCAGUAUAAUUGUGAUCCCAACUUGCGGAAUUCUAAUGGAUUAUAUCAAAAAAAGCUGUGAAAUUCCUGCAACUACGCUGCACAAAAUACUCAUCAGUGGCGCAUUUCUAUUCAAUAGCGCUCUGUUCCUGUGUUGCGCGGAAUUUUCUAAUUUCACUGUAUCAAUGGUUUCGUUCGUUUUGAUAAUGAUGUCGCAAUCCAUCGUUAAUUUGGGUUCACAGAUAGUUACUAUCAGUAUUGCACCAAACAGCAGUAGCGUUAUUGCCGGACUUGGAAUGUUUGCGUUCAACCUGAGCAGUAUUUUGUCACGAACCCUCACAGGAUUGAUGACCACGCAUCAUAGCGUAGAAGAAUGGAAUAAUUGUUUCAUCUUGACCAGCGGUGUUUCGCUAUUUGGAGCUAUCUUCUUUGUAUUAUUCGGAUCCAGUGAAGUUCAGUCAUGGGCACAGUUACCAGCGAAGGAACAAGACAAAUCUCAUAAUUCCAAUGAAAAUCACCUCGAAACACCAUACGACCCUAAAAGACUAUGUUAGACUAGCUCUUCCGAGUGUGAAAACAAUUCACAGAUAGGAUUGCAAUUCAAUAAUUUCUGAAGAAUUUUUACGUUUGAUGGGGGAUUUCAUUUUUCAAGUGUAGGGAAUACCGUUCUGAUUGAAAUACGAGUAGGUACUAAAAAUCUUCUCUGUAGACGGUCCAAAAAUAUAGCUCUUCCAAGAACAAAGGUUGAAAACAAAAAUUACUCCAAGUACAUGGAAUUUUCAACAAAACUGCUUCUCAUAUCAUUUUUCACUACCUACGCUCGCUUCAAGGCCAACAGCAAUUGAAAACCCAAUUUUCAGAGAGAUUUUACCCCUCUUCUGAGAAAUGCUCAUCAUCUAGAGUUGGAGGCUUUAAUCAGGAUGGUAUUCAUCACAUUUUUAAAAAACAAACAAACCCCAAAAAAACACAAUUCCAAUUGUUAGAAAUUUUUGAAUACGAUCUAUAUUUAGCUCACAAUCGGUAUUGUUUACGAGGAAACGCUUUGAACGAGCAUCCUGUGAUAUAAACACGAAAUGAAGCUAAAUCGAAGGAACACGACGUCUCAACAUACUGAUAACCAAAAUGCUCAUUUUAAAAAUUUUUUUGAAAAUUUAAAAAAUUCAAAAAAACUGUUUUUGCGACGAUUUAUAACUUGUUCAUUGAAUAUGCUUUUUUCCUCCAAUAAAACGAGUACCAGUGAGUAAAAUCACUUCAUUACACCACCCCUCUUCAUUUCAAAAACUAUUACCUUCAAGCCAUUCUGGUGCCUCCAACAAGUUUCCAAUUUCCUCCACAAGUUUCAAACUGUUCCGGAAAGGUCAAAAAUGGACUUCAGUACAUUUGACUCAAAUUAGAGCUUAUUAGACACCUCUCGAUAGUUUUAGCUGACUGCUACGAAAUUCUGAAAAUUUCAGUUCAAAAGCAAAUUUUUGGCAACCUAGCAAAUGCUAGAGUGAGUGGAAAAAAAUCAAAUUUUCGAAAUAAGUAGAUACAUAUUGAGCAGUGCUUUCUUCAAGAUAUUACAAGAAAUCUAGCAGGUCUAAACGACCGCCCAACUUGAAAAUAAUCGUGUUCAAGCCAUUUCGGAGCAUCCACAGUAGUUUUGAAAUGUCUAGAAGAAAAUUGAAAUCAUGCUAGAGGAUUCUAAAAUGUCUUAAAAGCAAUUAUUUUCAAGUUUAGUGGUUAAGCAAAGAUAUAAGAUGACAUCGCAACGAAACAACUGCUUGUGAUAUAGUCUAUGAGGGGUCUAAACAUUUCAUUUUUUUCAUUUUUUUUAAAAAUUUGCCAAUUGGUCGAAAAUUUACUUUGCAACUGGAACUCCCGGAAUUUCGCGAUAUCUGCUCAAAACUGUGAGGAAGGUACGUUAAGCAUCAACCAAUGUUAUAGAUGGUAAAGUUCAUUUUUGGCACUGGUCCAUCUAUAAAGGACAGUUUGAAAUUUCCGGAGAAAAUUUUCAACAUGCCGCGCCCGAGGCUCUAGAAUAGCUUAAAAUGGGUAGCAAUCGAGGUGUGGGGGGCUGAAAUAAAGGAAUUAUUCACAGUGAUUCAUUUUACUCGAGAAGAACUGCAUGAGAAAUUUCAAAAAAUCACCGUUAGAAUAAGUAGUUUUUUCAAAUUUUUUUAAUGUCACCAAAAAAAUUCAAAAAUGAACUCGAGCAACUGAAAUCACCAUUAAGGAAGUUUUAGGAUAGAUAGGUUUUUUUGAUCGAAGUUAGUUUUGUUUCGUUUAAAUCAGAGGAUGCAACAGUUCAAAAGACUCCUUCAUUGGAAUAAGUAAUAACUGACGUUGCUCUGUUAAUGUAUUUUAUUUACUUCUACUGUUUUCUUAUAAAAGUAAAAAUAUUGAUUGUUAAAAUAAUGAAGAUCUGUAUGUUUACAAAUUUCAUUUUAUAAUUAAAAAAUAUCAUCGAUUCUA